GUUUCAGUCACAUUUCAGCCUCUGCUCUGAGAACUCAUCCUGAGCAGCCCCAAACAGGCUAUAACUUCUCUACAACUGAGAUAUGAUCAUCUUAAUUUACUUAUUUGUCUUGCUGUGGGAAGAGGCUCACGGAUGGGGAUUCAAGAACGGAAUUUUUCAUAACUCCAUAUGGCUUGAACAAGCAGCAGGUGUGUACCACAGAGAAGCGAGGUCUGGCAAAUACAAGCUCACCUACGCAGAAGCCAAGGCAGUGUGUGAAUAUGAAGGUGGCCGUCUCGCCACCUACAAGCAACUAGAGGCAGCCAGAAAAAUUGGAUUUCAUGUCUGUGCUGCUGGGUGGAUGGCCAAGGGCAGAGUUGGAUAUCCCAUUGUGAAACCCGGGCCCAACUGUGGAUUUGGAAAAACUGGCAUUAUCGAUUAUGGAGUCCGUCUUAAUAGGAGUGAAAGAUGGGAUGCCUAUUGCUACAACCCACAUGCAAAAGAGUGUGGUGGUGUCUUUACAGAUCCAAAGCGAAUUUUUAAAUCUCCAGGCUUCCCAAAUGAGUAUGAUGAUAACCAGAUCUGCUACUGGCACAUUAGACUCAAGUAUGGUCAGCGUAUUCACCUGAGCUUUUUGGACUUUGACCUUGAAGAUGACCCAGCUUGCUUGGCUGACUAUGUUGAAAUAUAUGACAGUUACGAUGAUGUCCACGGCUUUGUGGGAAGAUACUGUGGAGAUGAGCUUCCAGAAGACAUCAUUAGUACAGGAAAUGUCAUGACCUUGAAGUUUCUAAGUGACGCUUCAGUGACAGCGGGAGGUUUCCAAAUCAAGUAUGCUGCUGUGGAUGCUCUAUCCAAAUCCAGUCAAGGAAAAAACACAAGUACUGCUUCUACUGGAAAUAAAAACUUUUUAGCUGGGAGAUUUAGCCAUUUAUAAAACAAAUAAGGACACUCAAGUGUUGAUGUUUGUAUCUUUUGGAACCCCUUUGAUCUCACUUUUAUAUUAUUAGUGGUAGCAUUUAUUUAUUAUUUUUCUAAAUGUGAAAGGCAAUAACUGAUAAUUUGGGGAAAAUUGGAAAAUACAGAAAUUUUAAAUGAAAAAAUAAAAUAUUUUAUAAUCCCACUGCAUAAAAAUAACAAAUAUUAACAUUUGUAUAUUUUUCUUUUAGUUAUUUUUCAAUUUGUGGUAUAUGUAUAUAUGUAUCUAUAUGUAUUUGUAUUUGUAUUUGAAAUUUUGGAAUCCUGCUCCAUGUACAGUUUUAAUAUUUUGGUUUUUUUAAACUUGAACUUUAUGGCUUAAGCAUUUUCCCAUAUCGUUGAUUAUUCUGCAAUAACAUAAUUUUGAACAGCUGUAAAAUAAUCUGUGGUAUGAUUAUUCCAUACUUUAUUUAAGCCUAUCUGCUUUGUGGGAAUUUUAAGUUGCUUUCAUAAAUAUUGCUGCAAUAAAUAUCAUUGAACAUGUGUA